AUUGUAAGCUGCAGCCGAACAAAGCUGAAACAAAGCACCCUAUUUUGGAUAUAAAGAUUAUGAUAGUACUAGUGUUGAUGGGAUUCUGCAAGUGACCCUUGGCUAAAAAUUCAAAGGCUGUUCUUGUCAGAAAUUCGGAAUCAUACGAAGAUGAUUGAUAAUAAACUGUCUCAUUCCGAAAGUUGCAAUGUGUCAAAAGUGGUAGGGAUCGCUGUCCCCGUUUAUAUUAUAAAGCGAUGCGAUGCCAUGGCUAACCUCGCAAAGCAUCGCGAGCUCGAGCGCUAUCUAGCUGCAGCUUGCAGGUGUUCGUCCGGUCUCGUUCCAGUCCCCCCGGUCUCGGAGACGCCACCAAGCCCGAUCAAGAGCCAAAUUAAUGGCGCAAUCAAAGAUGGCGGAUGCCGUCCUGGCCGACGGCCGCGCCACCGGCUACACGCGGGAGCUCGCCGCGCCAUCCGCUGAUUGGUUUCUGCGCAUGAGCCACGCCGGCGGCGGCCUUGGCGGGGGGAACGACUUCACCGGCAACGCCGUCGCGCUCUACUCCAGCGUCGGCGACUACGCGGGCGACCAACGCACGGUGCUCGUGGACAUGGACCGCGUCGGCGAGCUUGUCCAUGGCGAGGCCCGCAACACCGGCGCGCCUUACACCGGGGCAGGAGGCUUCGCGCGCGGCCACGUCGCGCUGCUCGUGGACCAGGACCGCGCCGGCGGGCUUCCCCUUGGUGGCGUGGCCGACUUCCUCGAGCGCGACACGGCCGAGCACUUCGCCGGGUUGGGCGCGCUCUACUCCAGCAACGGCGGUGGCGUCGCGCGCGCGCACGGACACGGUGCGCCAGCGCCACUCCUGGACAAGGACCGCGCCGGCGAGCUUCCCCUUGGCGGCGUGGCCGACUUCGUCGAGCGCGACAUGGCCGCGCCCCACACCGUCGCCGGUGGCGUGCCCUUCGACAAGGCGCAGAGCGUGGGCACCGCGGCCGGAGCGGCGCCUUCCUCCCCGAACGCGGCGCAGGUUACAAUUGAUGUGGAUUUCGUUGCUGAGGCGAUAGAGGCGAAGAGAGCAGUCGGCGGCCGUGGCAGCAACCUUGCUUCAGCCGUGGUGGGGAUUGUCACCGCCUCAUCUGCCGUCACCAUGGUCGCCGCCGGCGAUGUCAGCCCGCCGGUGGCAUUCGGGCUCUUCGUCCUCAUGAUCGCCGGACUCUCGCUGGCGGUCUCCGGCGUUCGCCGUGUGUGAAGUCGAAGGGAUAUAUCGUCAAUAGGCUAUGGAGCAUGUGUGAGUGUGUGGGGUCAACUCCCUCUUGUCUGUGGCUAAUCGAUUAAAUAAUCUGGGAGGAAAUGGUAGGUUUCAACAUGGUGAAUGGUGAUCGAUGGAUGUUUUAAAGGUUUCGUGUGGGAUGAUUUUUAACAUGCUCAUGGCGAAUUUUGCUGAAAGUUCAAAUUCUCA